AUGGUUUUAAUUAAAGCAGCUAUCUGUGGUGCAGGCGGUGGAAUUGGUCAGCCAUUAUCCCUCCUCACUGCGCAAAACCCACAUAUCGGUGAAGUCUCUCUGUUUGAUGUUGUCCCAUCAGUACACGGUGUCGCUGCCGAUUUAUCCCACUUGGACGGCACAGCUGUUGUAAAGGGCUACACUAAGGAGAAUGAUGGUUUGAAGCACGCUCUCACCGGUGCAAAUGUCGUCAUUAUACCUGCAGGUGUUCCACGUAAGCCUGGGAUGACUCGUGAUGACCUCUUCAAGAUCAACGCAUCUAUUUGCCGUGAUUUGGCCACUGGUAUUGCCGAUUACGCUCCAGAUGCCAUCGUCGGUGUCGUAUCAAACCCUGUCAACUCCACCGUUCCUGUCUUUGUUGAGACUCUCAAAGCAAAGGGCGUCUUUAACGCUCGCAAGGUCUUCGGUGUCACCACCCUCGAUAUCGUUAGAUCAUCCAAGUUCGUCGCUGAGGUCCUCGGUAAGCCUAACGAGGCUCCUCAAUACACUAUCCCUGUUAUCGGUGGUCACUCAGGCAAAACUAUCAUACCUGUUAUCAGCCAGUCUCAGCCAAAGGUCGAUAUCUCCGGCGACAAACUCAACACUCUCGUCAACAGAAUUCAAUUCGGUGGUGACGAAGUUGUUAAGGCUAAAGAUGGUGCUGGUUCAGCGACCCUUUCAAUGGCAUACGCUGGUUCUAAGUUUUUGAACGCUGUCGUUAGCUCCGUCUACGCUGAUAAACCUAGCGUCAUCCAAGCUUACGUAUACCUCCCUGAGUUGCCAGGUGGUGACGCCAUCAAGAAUGACAUUGGAAAGGAUGUCUCUUACUUCUCCGUUUCCCUCCAGCUCGGUAAGAGCGGUGUUGAGAAAGUUCUCCCUGUUGGUCCACUCAGCGACUACGAGAAGGGUCUCCUUCAAGAGGCUCUCCCUGAAUUAGACGCUUCCAUUGUCAAGGGUGUUGGUUUCGGAAAGAGUUCACUUUAG